AUGCAAUAAAUACACUCUCUCUGUCCAUUAUGCAAUUAAUUACAGUAUUGUCAGACUAUCAGCACAAUUUAAAUUGAAAACUUUAAUAGGUCAUCCACUUUUCUAGAAUAUGUACUAAACCCUAUCAUAUCUGUUUAUUAACUCACAGUGGACGAUUAAAAUUUUAUGAUCAAACAAAAGAGCAUUCAAAAUCUUUAGUUUCAUCAUUAUGAUCAUGAAAAUCGAGCAUUUCCUGUUGACUUCGAUGUUCUCUAUGGAUUUGACUUUUUUAUAUAAGGUUGUUAAUUCGUAAAAGAAAACCUAUUAUCUGAAGCAAACGAGCAUUUUGAGAUCUUUGAUAAGAUAAACCUGUUCACUCUCUCCAUCUUUAAAAGAUAGAUACCCGUUUAUUCCAAAUUUAGUAAUACAUAUUUUAAUGAUGUGUGCGAUGGACUACUAAAUAUACUAAAAUCCUGCUACCUAAAGAUUGAAACUAAUGGCAAUCCUAAUGUUAAAUAGUUUACACUCAAAAAGUGCUCGUAAAUACUGCAAAGUUUGGAAUAUUUUUAAACUCAAUCUUAAAUAUUCAACGAAAAUUCUCUAUAAUUAAAAUAAGAAAGAAAAGAGAAAUUACAUAGAUCUUAGGUAUAACUAGCCUGUUUAAGUGGUAAUUUGAGUGAAGAUGCCCUAUUUACACCAACCUACUAUAGAUUUCUGUAAAAUCAAAGUCACAUCAAUCAAAUAGGUGGUAUAUUGUUUACUGGUUUAAAUCAUUCUGCAAAAUUAUGGGAAAUCUUCUUUGCUAAAUUGAAUGGUGAAUAAAGACUCUCUCAUAUUACCAGCCUUGUACUCUUUCUGAAUAAGUAAUAUAAUGAAUCUUAUCUUAUUUGUUUGCUUAAACUUGCCAAAGGUCUAAAAAGAUUCAAAGAAUAUUGGCUUUCAUUAGUGAUAUUUAGUUUUUUUAGAAGAAUAACUAUACUGUUUCAAAAGUAAUAUAAUUUCAAUCCAUAUCUUCCAUUCGUAUAUGAUCAGAUGGCAAAGAUAUGUCUUUAUUUGGGAUAGCAUAAUGAGGCCUAUUCAUAUUAUUUGAAAGCCUACUAAAAGUCAAUGAAUUGUACUGAUUUAUACAUUGAGAGUAAAGAUACUACUAAAUUCAGUUAUAAAUUAAAAUACAAACUAAUGAUCUUAGCCUUAUUUCUGUAACAUUCAAAUGCAGCUGUGGAAAUAGUGAAAGCAUUACAAUCAGAUAGAAUCGAUGUGCCUUAUCACAUUAAUGUCUUUACUAAUUAUGUCAAAGAGUAUUUAGAAGAUAUUUCAAUAUUUAAUAACACUUAGAGCUAUCGAAAAUGCGAAUAGUUUUUGAAACAUCUAUCGAAAGUAGUCAGAAGCAAUUUGAGUAGUAUUUAAAUUCCUGAGGACGAUUUAAAAGAAUCCUCUAAUUUGAUUGAACUGAAAGAUAAGGAUAUCCCCAAGGUCACUCUAAAAUAGAAGAUUGAAUACCAAUUCAAAAUGAAUUCCUAUUUCUAAAUCCUUCAAUUUUAUCUAAUUCUUGUAUGUCAUAAGAGAAACGAUCAAUUGAGUUCAAAACACUUUUUUGAAUAAUCGGAGAUUCUGGAGUAAAUUUUGCAAUAUGCUGAUUGUAAAUUGUAUAGUACUUUGCAUAAUGUAAUUGAAUAGUUCUCAUGCCCGUAAGAUUGCUAUGAGAAUCUAUUAAUGUGUCACUUUUAUCAGUAUAUAUCAAUGUAUGAUUUAUCCAACAAACGUUUAUUAUUGUAUGAAAAAACAAAGAGAGAAACUAAGAGCAAAUAUAACAAUCAAGAAUCUCUAUCUUUUAAUAGAAUAAUAGAUAAUUAUAGAAGUACCAUUUAAUACAAUCGUGAAGAAACCUUUUUAGAAUUUAUCUUACCUACAUCUGAUACAGUAGAAGCACAAUUCUAAAUCGGAGUUAGGCAUUUGUAAGAUGGUCGAUAUAGAGAAGCUGUUUAAUAUUUUUAGAAAGUUGGAUAGAAUCCAGCAUAUAGGGAUUUGUGCAAAUCUCAUCUAUUAAAAUUAGUCUAAUAAUCGAGAGAGAAUUUAGCAAUUGUGAAUUCAUCUUUAAGCAAGGAAGAUAUUCAUGAAAUUGUCAAAGAAAUUGAUUUCAAUAGACUCACAUAGAUUUAGACUAGAAGGAAUACAUAAAAUCUAGAACGUUAUAGGUAAUCAUCUUAAUCGGAAGUGCAAAAGUGCUUUAAUUACUUAAUUGAAUCUAAGUCUUUAUCUCAAAUAUCUAGGAAUGGUUCUGUUGUUAAUGAUUAUGAUUGUUAGAAUUCUACCUUAUAUGAAUUAAAAAUGUACUUAAAUGAUCAAGAAAUUACUGAAUUAAUAGACAUAAUAGAGGAAGAUUUCAAAAAUAUACAACAGUUCGAUUCAAACCGCUUUUAAAGUAGAUAUCCAAAACAUGAAAGUUUUAAUCAAGCAAAUUUGAUAAUGUUCAGUAAUGAGAAUGAAAAGAUAGUGAUGAAAAUAAAGGAGGUAUCUGAAAUUCAAUUAGAUAAAUUAAAAUGUAAACUAAAAGAUAUUUUGGUUGAAAUUCUAGCAUAGAUAGUUGUAAAUAAAUUAAAUUAUAGAGGAUUUGCUCAAUUAAUCACUUUGUAUUAUCAAUUAAACAUCUCUCAAAUAUAUGCAAGCAAUCUAAAAUUUUACUUGAUCUUUCCGUUUUAUGAACCAUUGCCAAAGAUGGAUAUCAAAUAAUUGAAAGAUUUGACUCUAUCGAUUAAGAUCCUCAAUCAUAAUUAAAUUUUUCAUAGAGAUCUAAAACCCCAUAAUAUUUUAAUGAAGGAUGGGAAUCCUGUGAUCAUCGAUUUUGACUGUUCAUACUUUUUGGUACCUAAAUUACAAAAAUGGUUAAGAGGAAAAGGAUUAACAAAUAAGUACUAUCCAAAAAAUGAUGUUGAAUAAGAUAAAGUAGAUAUCUAUUCGUUAGGAAUUAUUGGAAAAGAAAUAGAUAAUUGUCCUGAAGAAUUUUAUUAAGGGGCGACAAAAGACUAUGAUAAUAGGUACUCAUUACUUAAGUUAUUGGAGAUAUUAAAUUGA